AUGGCUCGCUUGUGUAUUGAUCAGCUGGUGGUGUUUUAUUGCAGGUCCCAUUACAGCAGCAGAUCAGUGAGAAAAGCAAAGACAGACUCGUUUCCACUGCAGAUCUCACUGACUGAGUCCUUGGAGGCCGAGGCCUAUUUCGGAGUUAUCUGUCCAUUCCCUCAUUUCCAGCAAGAGCUCAGCUUGAGCCUGAGGUUUGGAGAGCUUGAAGAUCCCAGGAUAGCCAUUCUCCCAGUGACUGCAAAGCCAGCACCAGCAAUAUUCUACCCAUUUGGCUCAACAGCAGGAGACAAAAGCAAUCCUGUUGAUGAUGAUGGGAGCUCUUCAGUUAUUCAGCUGUCGAGUCCAUUUCUGUUCUUUGGCCGCACAUACCAGCAGAUUUAUGUUAAUAACAAUGGACAUCUCACAUUUGACAAGCCUUCAUCACUAUAUACUCCUUACUCAUUUCCUGCUAAUAGAAGCCAAGAUAUAAUUGCAGGUCUCUGGACAAACCUUAACAACAAUGUGAGAGGUGUCAUUUCAUACCAGCAGUACACUAAUGGAAAUGUACUUACACGUGCCUCUCAGGAUAUAAACACACAUUUCCCAAAUCUGACUUCCAACGCUUCUUGGGUCUUUGUAGCAACUUGGGAUAAAGUCGCUUACUUCAACUUAAGCAGUACAGAGACAUCUUUUCAAGUGGUUUUAAUUUCAGAUGGAAAUUUUUCAUUUAUUCUGAUGAAUUAUGGUGACAUUGCUGUAACAGAACAUCCAGUGCAGGCUGGUUAUGACACAGUAAACUCCACAGACUACUUUGUGAUUCCUGGAUCAAACAAUGGGAGCAUCAUCUCAAACCUCAGGAACUCCAGUAAUGUUAAUGUUACAGGCCGAUGGGUCUUCAGGGUGGACGGUGGACAACACAACAUCUCUAAAGAAACAGCAACCACAAACUCGACAGUCAUUGGAUUUCGAGUGAGACUUAAAUCAUUUCUUGACCUAACAAACAGUACAAACACCAAUACAGUUUUACAGCAAAUAAAACAGGAGCUGGUCAAGUAUGGUCUGUCAAACAGCAUCGAGUUGAAAUUAAGAAAAGUGCAAAAGAUAAACCCAUAA